GAUGAUGAGGGUGAGAGAGUAAAAAUGUCAUUUUCGAAAAGAAAAAAAAAAUUGAUGGCAUUUUCGUAAAUUAUAUGAACUUGUGGGGUGAAUAGGGCAAAACCAAUUUUCAAAAAAAAAGGGAGGUUAGUUUUGUGUUUGACUUUAAGUUGUAGGUCAAUUUUGCAAAAACCCCUUGUUUUAAACUAAUGCAAUUAUUAUAUAAAAUGAAAAAAAAAACACAUUGCUAAUGCAACUUUAAAAUGAAAACACACAAAUUAGUGAAGACCUUAUGAAUGUGACCUAUUUAUAGUUUUUCUUAAAUCUAUAAGAAUAGUCACAACUUUUCAAUUUUAAAAAGAUACUUAUGAUUGGUUACAACUUACCAAUAGUCACAACCUUUCAACAUAAUUAGAAUUUACAAUCUUUGGAAUUAAUUGGGACUGCUAUUAUUAGUAGAUUUAUAGUAAAAUUAUCCAACUUAUUGUAUUUCAAGUAAUUUCUCAUCUUUACUUGAAAUUAUUUUAAUGAAAUUAUUGUCAUCUUUACUACAAAAUUAUUUUGAAGUACAAUGUAUUAUAGUUUAAAGAAAAACAUUUUUUGUUGUUUAAACAGUAUCUCAAAUUUUCUCUUCUCAACUAUAUAGGUCCAAGUUAAUUUACUUCCAUAUAAAUUUUAAGUUUAGAAAAAAUAUGUAAACUAUACGUAAUAAUGCUUUCAAAAUAAUUUUUGUUAUAAAAAUACAAAAUUUAUAGUAAUAAUAUAUAAGCCACAUAAAAAUGGGUAUUAUAAAGCUAUAUAAUAUAUAACACUAAAUUGCAUUAAGUUACCGAUAAAUUUUGUUAUAUAAACUAAAAUAUUUUAUUAUAGAAAGAAAAACCGCACAGAUGUGCGAGUCAAGAACUAGUUUUGUUGUUGUUGUAUUUACUGUUUUGAUUAUUUUAUUUUUUCACUACAAUUUUAUUUAUUGGAAUUAAGAUAAUAUAAAAUUUGGUAAAGUCACAGACCAUUGCACAUCCGUUGACCAUCAUGCCGCGGUAAUCUUUUCUUCACUUGUGAUGCCAAUAGCCAAUGUUGACAAAGCCUCAACAUUUUAUACUUCAUUGUAGUGUAACUAUUUCGUUUUUAUUCUCAUUACAUUUUAUUAGUUUUAAGAAAUCAUGCGAAAACCAAAUCCUUAUGUUUCUAUGUUAAUUCUGUUAUGAAAAAUAUGUUUGUUUUGUGCAUGUCUUGAUAUGUUUUGUAAUCAAAUUCAGUUUAUGGUAGUAAAAAUAUCUCUUAGGUUUAAGUUGAUGCCUAGUCGAACUAAUCUAAUAAACAUUGGAAAAUUGUUAAACCAUUUGAACUAAAAAGGAAAGAAAGAAAAUUAAACACCGAUCAGGUCAGACUACUAAUUAGAAACCGUUUUCACAGUUACACACCUCCGUUAUAUUCUCUCUGUUUCAUAUUACUCGUCGUUGUAGAGUAAAAUUUUUGUUACAAAAUAAAUGUUGUUUUAUAAUUUCAAUGCAAAAUUUAAUGAUUUUAUAUUUUAUCCACUUUUCAAUUGGUUGAAAUAUAGUUAGGUGUAUUAGUAGUGAUGUUUUUAUCUAGUAAAUAUACAAAAUUAAAUAUUUUCUUAAUUUGUGUGUGCUGAAUUUUAAAACGAUAACUAAUCUGGAACGGAUGGAGUAAUAAACAAUUAAGCAUUAUUUCCAUCUCUUCACCUGCCCUGGUAAAAGUCAAAGUAAUUAACAAGCAUAAAACAUAGAAGUUAUCUUAGAGUAUUAGUCUAUUAGAUAUACAUCAAGGAACAUAAAAUUCUAACGAUUUGUAUAGCUUGUGUACUUUUGAGUUUCUACUAAAUAAUAAUUUUAAAAACAUACAAAAUUAUAUGGUAUUUUUUUUUUGAAACACAAAAGUAUAUGGUAAGAUUUGAAGAAAUUGUCUUGCAUUUUUAAUACUUCUAAAAUUGUGUAGUCAAAUCAAUAGUCUUAAAUUUAUUUAGAAAAUGGACAGUGUUAUUAAUUUACGGCUCUAUGUUCUGACCCUUUCGCCUAUUUGACUUUGUAAAACAGAUUAAAAUAAAAUUACUGCAAAGAAGUGUGUAUUCGGUUCCCAAAAACUGUUUUGCAAGUGUUAAUACUUGCCCAUAAAAUAACUCCAAUGUAAACAGUGAAGUGUACUAUAUAUAUCCUCAUUUGGAACCCACAAAUCAUAUCCAACCAAGAAAAAGUAUGAAGAUCUCUUCUCAAACCCUAGUUUUCGUGACUAUAGCACUUGUCCUAGCUUUUGCAGUUCCUCUGAAAGCCCAAGAGAGUCAACAAGAUUACCUCGAUGUGCACAACCGUGCUCGUCCUGCUGUUGGUGUGGGUCCUAUAAGAUGGCAUGCGGAUGUGGCGGCAUACGCCCGACAAUAUGCUCUGCGAAUGCGAGGGGACUGUCGUCUCAUUCACUCAGGCGGACGUUACGGCGAAAACUUGGUAGGAAGCACUGGUGAUCUGUCUGGAGCUGACGCAGUGAGGUUGUGGGUCAACGAGAAGAAAGACUACUUCUACAAUUCGAACACUUGUCGUUCCGGAAAAGCAUGUGGUCACUAUACUCAAGUUGUGUGGAGAAACUCUGUGUGGGUUGGAUGUGCCAAAGUCAGGUGUAACAGUGGUGGAACUUUCAUUAUUUGCAGCUAUGAUCCUCCUUCGCUUAGGGCUGGUUUUCUUGACCGAUUCUUACGAACUGACGUAAUUUUUUAACCGUUGAUUAAAAUGACUUCAAACUAUAUUAAAGUGAAAGCUAACACAAUGUCUUGUAUAGAAAAUUUCAGUUUAAUCCAAUUACUAGUAGUCUAAUUAAUACAACAAUAUAAAUUGUAAUGUAUAAUUUAUGCCGUAUAAACCCUAAAUUUAUGUGCUCUA